GACACGUACGGCCCCGUGUUCACCCUGCAUCUGGGCUCGCAGCGGGUCGUGGUGCUGUGCGGCUACACGGCGGUGAAGGAAGCCCUGGUCGACCAUGGGAAGGAGUUCGGGGGAAGGGGGAACAUGGCCACAGCUGCGAGGAUCGUCAAAGUGUUUGGAGUUAUCUUCGCCAAUGGGGAGCGGUGGUGGCAGCUGCGUUGGUUCUCCCUCGCCGCGCUGCGGAACUUCGGCACGGGGCAGCGGAUCCAGGAGGAGCGGAUCCAGGAGGAGGUCUGGUGCCUGGUGGAGGAGCUCGGGAACACAAAGGGACACCACCGUCAUCCCCUUGCUGAGCUCAGUCCUCCAGGAUACAAGUCAGUUCAAAAGCCCAAACGACUUUGACCCUUGGCAUUUCCUGGGUGGGAACGGCACUUCCAGGAGAACAGAGCCUUCGUGCCGUUCUCUGCAGGUCAGAUGUGUGGAUCCACAUUCAGGAGUGGGU